CUGCAGGCUGGGCAAGGUGACGCGCCGGAGAAGUGCUUCACAGGCAAGCUACAUGCACAGGUUAUUGUGCGCAUUGCUCCUGACCACUGCUGCAGCGGUUGACACGGACAAGACCUGUGCAUCAGACGAUUGCAUGGCUGCAAAACAAGUGCCAGUCGCACUCCUCGGCGUCGGCGGCGUCGGCCGCGCGUUAGUGGAGGCGCUGGUCGGCGCGCGGACGCACCAUAAAGAUGUGUACGGUCUGCGCUUCGACGUGAAAGUGCUAGCGGACUCGUCGGGCUACCUCGCUGGCGACCUCGACGACGCGCAGCUGCAAAGCGCCGCGGCCGCGAAAGCCGAUGGAAAGAAGUUGCCAGGGGCCACCAAAGGCGACGUUGAUAAAGCCGUCGCGUCGUUGGGUGAAGGUGCUUUGGUCGUGGACGUCACGGCCUCAGGAUCAACGACACCUCUACUCAUCGAAGCCUUGAAACGGGGCCAGAAGGUCGUGAGCGCUAAUAAAAAGCCGUUUUCUUCGGACCAAGCUGCUUACGAUGCAUUAGUUGGCCAUCCGAUCCGGCACAACAACGUGCGACACGAAAGUACGGUGGGCGCCGGUCUACCCGCAAUCGCCGCUCUCAAUCGACUGUCCAUGGCCGACGACAAGGUCAGAAAGAUCGCCGGAACGUUCUCGGGAACGCUGGGCUUCGUCAUGAGCGGGCUCGAGGCCGGGCGGCCCUUCUCCGAAGUUGUGCUGGAGGCGAAGGCCAAAGGCUACACGGAGCCGGAUCCUAGAGAUGAUCUAGGUGGUGUAGAUGUGGCGCGGAAAGCAUUAAUCUUGGCGCGGGGGCUGGGCUGGCGGCUCGAGUUGAGUGACGUGAACGUCGAGCCAUUGUACCCUCCAGAGAUGGCCUCAUUAACGGUCGACGACUUCAUGGCGAAGCUGCCGUCGCUUGAUGAAGAUUUCGCGAAACGAGCGAAGGAGGCCAAAGCGCGGGGCGAGGCGUUGCGCUACGCGGCGACGGUCGAAGACGGGCGACUGACCGUCGGUCUGGUGUCGGUGUCAACAAGUUCACCGCUAGGAUCACUAUCGGGCACGGACAACCUCGUGGAGUACUACACGACGUGGUACGACCCGUCUCCGCUGGUCGUGCGCGGCGCGGGCGCGGGCGCGGGCGCGACGGCUGCAGGGGCAUUGGCGGACAUGGUCGAGCUGUCCGUUUAACUUAGGU